AUGCAGAUCUUCGUGAAGACCCUAACGGGCAAGACCAUCACCCUCGAGGUGGAGUCCUCCGACACAAUCGACAAUGUCAAAUCUAAGAUCCAGGAUAAGGAAGGCAUACCCCCGGACCAACAGCGCCUAAUCUUCGCCGGCAAGCAGCUCGAGGAUGGCCGCACACUCUCCGACUACAAUAUCCAGAAAGAGUCGACCCUGCACCUGGUCUUGCGUCUGCGUGGCGGAUCUGCCGUAAAUGCUAUAGCAUGGGAGGCUAAUAGUAUCACAGGCCCGUCUCCCACCGCGUGCUGUCAACUGUCGCAAGAAGAAGUGCGGCCACAGCAACCAACUCCGACCCAAGAAGAAGCUGAAGUAAACGGAUCGCAUCGGCGCAUGGGGAGUCGGGAUGGCUGGAACAAAGCAAGCAGUUCAGUACGAAGCGAUGGCAAGCAUGGAUGGGUGGAAACAUGGCUUUUAUACAGAGCUACCGUGCUCGCUACUGGCAGAACUAGGUUUGCAAAUAUGCAAUACAUGUAG